AUGUUUCACCUUCCAACAAUACCAUCAGUCGAUGAAUCGCUGAGAUGUCUGAUAAUAUUUUGUCUCAGGUCAUCUCAAAUUGAUGAAACCACUGACAUGGCAGAUUUAGCACGACUUUGUGUUUAUGCAGGUUAUGUGCACAAAAAGUGCCUGGAAGAUGAAUCCCUUUUUUGCAAAAGUCUCAACACCCGAACCACUGCAAAUGAUAUAUUUCAGAAAGUGGAUCAAUUGUUUAACAUGCAUGGCAUAAACUGGGAGCAUGCUGUUGGUGUGUGCACCGACAGUGCUCCAGCAAUGCAUGGUUGUCACUCUGGCUCUCAGACAAUGGUGAAGGAGAAGCCUCCUGAUGCAAUUCGUACAGAUUGUACACAUCAUCACCAAGCAUUGAUGGUUAAAACAAUGCCUGACCAAUUAAAGAAUGUUUUGAAUCAUGUGGUCAAAGUGGUAAAUUUUAUCAAAACCAAUUCUCUAAACUUGCGUCUUUUUGUUGACUUGUGCAAGGACAAUGACUCUGGUUUUGAAAUGCUUUUACUGUACUUGCAUGUGAGGUGGUUAUCCAAGAGGAGAGUACUGAAAAGAGUCUUCGUUCUAUGA